GGCAGACUUUUGUCAACAACAUUACUGUGGAUUAAUCACUCGUAGCCAAGGGAAUAUAAUGGCGGUGGCCGCAUCAGUGUACCGCUUCUUCCCCUGAGUCAACACAGCUCAGUAGAACACCCGUUGGAUGACCCAACGACUUACCUACCCAGCACGGCGUUGUUUGAUGCCCGCCGUCUGUCUCUAGAACUAAAGAACCUUAUCCAGUCGCCUUUAGAUAAGCGCAUGGAUGAGAAGUACUCAGCGUAUGGCGCUGCCUCCAUUGAUAUCCUUAUCAAGACCAACACCAUCGACUACCUGUCUGACCUGUCAAAUCCCUCAGAAGGCAUCCCAGUUACUGAACUGGCCUCGAAAUUUGAACUUGAUUCUCGCCGUGCAGGUCGGAGAUUGAACCUUUGUACGCCUGGGUUCGUGUCAAUAGUCGGAGCUAUGCCACGUUGGGUGACGGAAUCGGAUUGGAAACUCUCGCGCUCUCCAGCACAGACUGCUUUCCAGGUCGCAUUCAAGACUCCUUUGCAGCGAUUCUCCUGGGUCAUGCAAAAUCCACAGGCCCUUAUUCCACUGGCGGAUCAUCUUCAUAUGUCUGUCCUUGGUGACAUGUCUACGCCGAGUAUUGUGGCAGACUACCCAUGGGAACAACUGGAAACACCCAUCAUCGUUGAUUGUGGAGGGGGAGAGGGCGGUUUAGUCACUGCCAUCCUAGACGCGUACUCUUCCUUCCAAGCCAUCGUACAAGACAUGGAGAAUGUUGUCGCAUUGACAAGUUCGAUCAUGAAAGAACGCCGCCCUCGUGAUAUAGAAAGUGGUACACUCAAGGCAGAAGCCCACGACCUUUUCCAGUCCCAACCACGGAUCGGAAACGAGUAUAGUUUCAUCUUGCGUCAUAUACUGCAUGGUUGGGCUGACAAAGAGGCGGUCGGUAGCGGCGAUAUUGGCAACGUAGCUCGUGCAUUGGGCCCUAAGUCCAAAAUACUCAUCAUCGAAAUGGUAGCUUUCCCGAACGUAGACUCAACUGCUACAAUAAGUGCCAAAUCAUUCUUACUGGAUGGCGAUUAUAAGCGUCCCGACUAUUGUGUUCCAUCGCACUUUGGUUCAGCGUCCAAACUAGUCAACGCGUUCUCGGUGCACAUGCCGAACUUGAUGAACGGUUGCGAGAGGUCUUUGCGUGAAUGGGAGAGCCUUGUCAAGGGGUGCGGGCUCUGCAUCACGAACUGUGCGCUUGACUCACGUGUGUUAUUGUGACCUCAAAGAGAGAAUGUUGGAUUUCAGAGUAAUGUCAAUUUGCCUGUACAAUGGAUGUAUCUUUCCGGUACCGACGAUAUAUGACUUCCUUUCCCCCAUCGCGGAUUGUAUGAUACACUAAGGAGCCAAUUAAGUUCGUUUAUUGUUGAAGGCA